CACUGUGAUCUGACAGCAAGGGAUGAGCUCUGGACUGGUUUACUACAGGAAAUUGAGACGAGUGUAAAGCCAGGUUUUGUCCUGAAUCGCACGGACUGAUCAUGUCACCAGUGUUGGGCAUCACCCUGCUGGCCUUGGCCCUCUCAAGCCGCACUGUGGCCUUUAUUCCAACCGGAGGCAGUGGAUCCACUCAUGUCAGCAUUACAAGAACAGCGCUUUUGCAAAAAGUGACGGAAACAUGUCGGGCAGUGGUUGAGGCCUCUGGUCACCAGUUCAACCCCACGGGUUCUUCUUUUGAGGAGCUGGUCCAGGCCUGUCUUGGUCCCACAGCAAGUGGGGACGUAUCGGCUGGCAAGUUCCGCUCAGCGCUACAAGAGAUCUUCAACCAGAAUGGUGUGGUAGAUUUUGACUUCAUGAACAGUGCUCCACACCACUUCAACUCAGAGGCCUUCCUGGAAGGGCGUGGCCUAAUCACAGAGGGCGUGGCCAGCAUCAAGGCUAAUGUUGGCAAGGGGAACUUCAAGGCCGCUAGAGCAGCGCUGGGCAGAGUCCUUCACACCCUACAGGACUUCUACAGCCACAGUAACUGGGUGGAGCUGGGAAACACAAAGCCUUACAUCAACCUCAUACGCCCAGAUCUUCCUCUGGAAAACCUGGCAGAUGUCGACACGCCCACCUGCAGUGACUGUGCUGGUGGGACAUGCCCCAACCAAAUGCUCCCUAGCAUUCUGACAAACAAGAAACUCACCUCAGGCUACAUGGGAAUCUUCUCCGCUACGAAGCCUCAAGGUAAAUGUAGUCAUGGGGGUACAGGUGACAUGACCAGUGAAGACGUCCCCCACAGUGGCAUCAACAAAGAUGACAGUCACUCCGGCAAUGCAGCUUUCCAUAAAGCCGCUGUAAAUGCAGCCAUCAGUGCCAGCCUGCAGCUGCUGGAGGAUAUUCGGGGUGCUGCUGGAGACCAUGACUUCCUGAGAAUGAUGGGGAUUGCCCGUUCAUCCGUUGUGUGUUUUGUUAUUGACACUACGGGCAGUAUGUCAGAUGAUAUUGAUGCGGCCAGGAAAAUUUCUUAUGAAAUCAUUGACACUAAAAAAGGAACACAGGACGAGCCCUCUGAGUACAUUCUGGUUCCCUUCAAUGACCCUGCCUAUGGACCCCUGAUAAGGACAACAGAUGCUAACAUGAUGAAAAAAGAGAUUUCUAAGCUCACAGCAAAUGGAGGUGAUGAUGCCCCUGAGAUGUGCUUUUCAGGGAUCCAGUUGGCUCUAACUGGUGCCCCGGCCUCCUCUGACAUCUAUGUGUUCACUGAUGCUAUAGCCAAAGACUAUGAUCUCAAGGACACCAUUAGUGCUCUGAUCAGGAGCACCAAGUCAAGAGUGUCAUUCUUAAUUACCCCGAUCAGUCGGAGGCGCCGUCGUUCUGUCAGUGCCGCCUCCUUUGAUGACUACAAGGACCUCGCUCUGGCCUCUGGGGGCCAGGUCAUCCAGGUGUCCAAGAAGGAGCUGUCUCAGGCCACAGAUGUCAUCCUCGACACUUCCACCUCAGCUCUGGUGACAGUUCUUCAACGAGCUAGGAACUCUAAGGAUGAAACCUUCCCCUUUGUGUUGGAUGGAUCUCUGAAAAACAUCACAAUCUACAUCACAGGAACCUCCAUUACCUUUACACUCACUAACCCUGCAGGUGUGAGCCAGGGCCAAAAUGAGGCCAGUGGUAAGCUGGGGACCAUUCAGACAGUGGGCAACUUGAGGAGAGUUCGUCUCACUGACAUGCAGACAGGAACCUGGAAGAUCAGGGUCAACUCCAACCAACCCUACACACUCAAGGUCACAGGCCAGAGUACUAUCACCUUUGUCUAUGACUUUGUGGAGCCCUUCCAGGGACCGCACCCAGGUUAUGCAGUAAUUAAUGGACGCCCACAAACAGGCCAGCCUGCCAAAUUGUUGGUAUCAGUGUUGGGCAGGAAAGGUCCGUCCUCUGUGACUGUUGGUGAGAUUGGCUUGGUGACUGUAUCUGGAUCUGAGGUGUUCAACCAUGGAAAAAUAUCUGACAUGGGCAAUGGAGACAUGCUGGUUACUGUUGAUACAGUCCCUGAGGGAGAGUUUGUGAUCUUACUGAAAGGAAAUGAUACAGUGUCAAACAGCCUAUUCCAGAGGCAGUCCACCACCCAGAUGUCAGUCUCCAAAGUGAACAUUGAGGCUGUGAUAGACAGCAGUGUGGAGCCAGGACAAACCUUCCUCCUUAAAUUCAGAGUCAUGACAGAGGGCGCUGGAGGAACAUACUCCAUCAAUGUUGAAAAUGACAAAGGUUUCCCCAUGUCAUUCCCACCUAGUAUCAACUUGCAAACAGGUCAAUAUGCCAAUGCUAAUUUGACCAUUACGCCGCAUUCUAAUACUCCAUCGGGCACUGAUGCCACUCUGACUAUCAGUGUCAGGUCACCCACCAGUUCUGACUCCAAUUACGCCGUGCUGAGACUCUCCGUCAUUACCAAGAUUACAGAUUUCCAUCAGCCACUAUGCAAAAUGGUUAGUCUCGUAGCUGAUGACUGCCCUAAAGAUGUGUUGAAGUGUUCCCCUUUCUACUGGGAGCUCUCAGCCAACCUCACAGAUGGUGAAGGCACUGGCAUAAAGCGCAUUACCCUGCAGCAGGGUAAUGGAACCCUCUCAUUCACUUCCCUCAGUGCUCCCGUUGUUCAGGCAACCUACAAUGCCUCCUGCUGCUCACAGAUCAUGGAGUUUAUAGCAGUUGAUGAAGUUGGCAAUGUGGGCAGGUGCUACCAUUCCAUUGUGCAAUCUGGUGGCCCUCCUGUCCUGACCCUGUCCCUACCACUGUGGUUGUGUUUGUUGGUGUCUGCCUUCAUGGCCAGGCCUUAAGCAGAGUAUAGGUUAAAGCAAAACUGAGCUUUGGUAGGAUGUUUGGUUGUAUAGGGCAUGAGUGCAUGAGUCCAUAUCCUCAUUAGCUGCUCUAUACUCCCCAAGACGGCUUGCAGUAUAGAGUACUUGUAUAUAGUAUUUGUUUUGCUCCAGUGACUUAUAUAACACAACAAAAGUUGUCCCAAAGUAAUACUUUUAAUGCAUAAACAAACAUGAACAAAGUGGAUUAUGCCAAUAUAAAAAAGUCCUAUUUUUCCUGGAAUUUAAAUGUCUUUUUUCAUGUUAUUUUACUAUUUGAAUUGGAAAGUAGAUAUGGAAGGUAGCAUUUGCAGGGAACUUCCACAUGGUAACCUUGUGCCAGGAGUAAACAAGCUCAGUGAUUUCAGAAAUAAUUGUUAUGAUAUGAAAAAGCAAGUGAAAACAAACGUUUUUUUUUUUUUUUUUGUUAAUAUAUAUAUUGGCAUAAUCAGCUUUGUUUGUGAUCCUCUAUAUGCUGAGUGUAAAUCUUCUAUUGCGUUAUGGAAGUGAAUGUAGACACCAAUACAGUGUGCUAGAAGCUCACAGGAACAUUGUGUAACUAAUGACUUAUUUUACCACCAUAUGGACUCCUAUACCACCCAGGUGACAAUACAACCCAGCACUCUACAAAAAUUCAAUUUUAAGUUGCUCAAUAUUAUUAAGAUGUUUAAACUGAUUGGUGGA